AUGUCCCCUCCAGAAGUUGUCUUUUCCCUCUUUUCCAGGUUUCCUCCCGAAAUUCGUCUGGCGAUCUGGCACCAUUGUAUCCCGCACCGCAUCGUGGAGCUCGACCACCAACAAGACGAUAUUAUCUGGGACCAGCCCCCAUGCAAAAUAAACUGGAAGAUAUCUUGUACUAAUCGAGCACCUCCUCUUAUUGCGCGGAUUUGUCGCGAAUCAAGGGAUGUAGCGUUUGGAGACGGUCGUGGCCCUCUCUCGCUCCCAGACCUCCAAAAGAACGCCGAUACACAAAGCUUCAGCCAUGACAUGAUUGAACACCCAUGGCUCGACCUAGCGCGUGACUCCGUUCACCUUAACUGGGAUGCAGAUGCAGAUAUCGAGUGGGAAACCUACAACUGGGGUGACCCAGUGCGUUGUCUCCUGUGGCAUGCAGCGCGCACCAAGUCCCGCCAAGCCUCCAUCAUGUUGGGUCACUUGCAGGCCUUUCAACACCGGAGGAAUCCCGACGAACCACAUUCACAAUACAGAUGGACUCGGUCCCAGCUGGCAGAUAUAAUGCGUACAAAACAAAGGUGGACGGUUGUGAUCCUACCGCCUAUAAUUGUACACACAAAUGCAGAGACCGCCGCAGGCCUGUUUGGCCUACUUGCUGAUGCGCGAGUCCAGAUUGUCGAUGCGGACGACGAGACAAGCAUUAACGAGUUCAUGAAACUUGGUGAGGCUUCUAACGUUACGAUUGGGCCAGGUUUUGCCCAGGAGGACCUAAUUCGCGCCAAGAAGGAGCUGCGGGGUGCAGUCGAGUCUGUUUUUGGGACGGAGGACUCGGCUCCUACGAUGCGCCCGGCUGUCAUGUUUCGCCUUUGUACAGGGAAGUGCAAGUAG